AGACCCUAAAGCCCGUUCAAAGCCAGGUCUUCAUCAGCGGUGAUCUUUCUAACCACGGAGCCCCCAGUUUUGACAGGCUCUUCACGUCUGCGUUGAUGGAGCAUGUUCCGUUUGUUGAAAAUUGAAUCUGGCUGUUAAUGGCACGCAUUUUCUGGCUGGCCCUGUCAAUAAUCAGAUUUUGAUGAACUUCACGGCGAGACUGCUCCAGCCACAGGUAUGUGCUAAUGUGUCUUUGCUUAACUGCUCGUUACUUAGUGGAUUAUCCGAAAGAAAACGCUCACGCAUACCAAUAAUAAUAAAAACUGAAAAAAAGGGGGGGGGGGGAACGCGCCACCCCGUCAAACCGUAAUGUAUCGUCUGCGAGCAAGUACGUCACCAAUUAGCCCCAGCUGUUAGUUCAUUAACUUCACUUCUGUACGCGGCUGCAAGUCCGUAAACAAAGCAUGGAACAAGGCUGCGAAUGUAAAUAUGAGAAGUGGCUCCGUGCUUCUUUUGUUUAGACGAGUUUAAAGGGUGUUUCUGUGUAGCCUGGGUGUUGCGGAGUUGAGGGUGUCCUGUGAUGUUGCCAUUUUAUUUUUUUUAGGUGGCUGAAUUGUAGAGUACUUCAUUGUAUGUGUACCAAAUGGCACAAAGGCUGCUUGACUUGUUUUGAUGAAAGUUGCAAGAACUGUUUGCGACUGCUCCAACAAUGUUGCCAACGUUGCUUUUCGGUGGCUCGGUUGCAAGAACUGUUUAAGGAUAUAAGAAAGGUUGCUAGUGUUGUGUUGCAAGAACUGUUUAAGGAUAUAACAAAGGUUGCUAGUGUUGUGUUGCAAGAACUGUUAAAGGGUGUAACAAAAGAUUGCUAGUGUUGUGUUGUAAGAACUGUUUAAGGAUGUAACAAAAGAUUGCUAGUGUUGUGUUGUAAGAACUGUUUAAGGAUGUAACAAAAGGUAGCUAGUGUUGUGUUGUAAGAACUGUUUAAGGAUGUAACAAAAGGUAGCUAGUGUUGUGUUGUAAGAACUGUUUAAGGAUGCAAAAAAAGGUUGCUAGUGUUGUGUUGUAAGAACUGUUUAAGGAUGUAACAAAAGAUUGCUAGUGUUGUGUUGUAAGAACUGUUUAAGGAUGUAACAAAAGAUUGCUAGUGUUGUGUUGUAAGAACUGUUUAAGGAUGUAACAAAAGGUAGCUAGUGUUGUGUUGUAAGAACUGUUUAAGGAUGCAACAAAAGGUUGCUAGUGUUGUGUUGUAAGAACUGUUUAAGGAUGCAACAAAAGGUUGCUAGUGUUGUGUUGUAAGAACUGUUUGAUUGUGAAUCCACCAAAGUCUGUUAGAGUUGUAUGUCGGUACAAGUUAUAAGUGCAUAUUCUCAUGCUCACCCCUCGUGCGUAGAGGCCUAUAUUAUAGAAACUUCUUAGUACUAUAGGCUUAUCAAUGUAAUACAUUGCGAGAAUUCUUUUUUCUUUGUUUACCUCAAGCCAAUGGUUCUCAACCUUUCCAAUGCCACGACCCUUUAAUACAGUUCCACGUGUUGUGGCGACCCCGACCAUAGAAUUACUUUCGUUGCUACUUCAUAAAUAUGUUUUCCUAUGGUCUUAGGCGACCGCUGUGUAUGGGUCGUUUGACCUUCAAAGGGAUCCCGCCCACAGGUUGAGAACCACUGCCUCAAGAAGCGAACAAUAAGUUGUAGAUGCUAAGAGUUUUAUUUUAUCAUAUUGUAAGAACUGUGUGCUUAACUUAGACUGGUGUUUAUCAAUCUCACAACACAAGCGCCAUGUCCAUAAUGGGUGUCAUCUUUACAGAUCGUCACGUUACAAAAACUUUGAAAUAAAUCCAGAGUCGUAGCGAGACUAUUUGGCGCUCGAGGACAUCUGUCCCCCUGCCCCCCUUUCACUACACCUCUGAAUCAAGCAUAUAUUUGUCCCAAGUCCUUUUUAGGGCAUUACAAUUUCGAUAAUUAAUAAUAUAAUUGACACGUGAAGCUGCUCAAAAACUAGAUACCUCGAGUCCUGGAGCGUAUUUUAAUGAAUGCAGAAUAAACCAACAUACCCCAACAUAUCCGCACAUAUCCGCAGAUGCGUAACAUACCCUAAAAUGUCCCAACAUACCCAAACAUAUCCCCACAUGCCCAAUAUACCAUAAAAUAUCCCUACAUACCGAUACCCCAACAUACCUUAACAUGCCCCAACUGAUGUAAAGUUUCAAUGAUAUAUAAAUAAGAAUGAGCUAGAGGCACAUAACGCCAAAAGGGAGAUAUGAUUUAAGUGCAUUCGGAUUCCGAAAAACAAUCAUAGCUAUUUUCUAUUAUUUUAAGGAAAGCGAAUAAAUUUAAGUGCGCAAAAAAUAUUCUAAAUCCGCUUUUAUUUUAGUAAAAAUUUAAAUAUUAUUAUUAUAAAUUACAAAUACAUUUAAAUUAUCAACAAAGGAACUAUUUUAGCCUUUUAUAUGUGUUUGAAAGUUAUGAAAAAAUAAAAAUAAUAAAACAAACAUGAUCAAAGAAUUACACCGAAAUCACAUUUAUCGGGAAAAUCCAAGCAUCAGUCGUUUUCAGUGCGUCUUUUAGUGCUUUGAUAAUAUUGCGAAUUAAAAUAAAAAUUAUUUUGUUCUAAAUAAUCAUGCAAAUGCCGUCAUAGCGCGUAUAGCCUAUUUCGCAAAAACUCUUAGGUUUCUUUAUAUUUAAUAACAGUGCGUGACAAACUGAUAAUGUAGUAUAUUCCCUUCUUAAAAGUAAAAUUAUAUGAAUACAAUUGAUUGCAUUUUAAAUGGUUUAUAAGACACACACACAUUUUUGCUUUGUAUAUUUUGACAUUUAAAAAGUUUUGCCUGUUUUGAUUCCAAAAAUAUACUUUUAUUAAAUUUAUAACGUAAUAAAAAUUACAUUUGACUAUAAUUCUAAUAAGAAAAUGUGGUUUAAGACAAUCAGUACAGCGCAACUCCAUAGCUAAAUAGCAUUCACUAAUCCACUUAUACCUCAUAAAAAUAAAAACGAACCAUAUGAAGUGCUAAAGAUGUUAGUUUGGGUAUGGAAGGGAUAAAUUUGGGGUAUGGAAGGAAUAAUUAUAAUAAAUAAUUAACCUUCUUGGGUACAUACAUAUCGGAGGUAGGAAAUAGGAUGUGUACAUUUUUACGUAGAUUAAAAUAUGUUUAAAUCUUAUGGUAUUACAUUUGUGAAAAAAAAAGAUUGUGCAUUCUCUUUUUACAAAUAUUGGCGUGUUCAUUUUGCCCAAGGCAAUACAAGAUAGUCCCAAAAUAAAGGAAUUAAUUUGAUUAAUAAUUAACCUUCUUGGAUACAUACAUAUUGGAAAUAGGAAAAAGGAUGUGUAUAUUUUUACGUGGAUGACAAUAUAUUUAAAUCCUAUGGUAUUACAUUUGUGAAAAAAGAGAUGUUAAAUUCUCUUUUUACAAAUAGUCUAAACAUAUGUUUACCAAUUAAGAUAAUCAAUGGCCUUAACAAACCUUGGGUACAUUUAUAUAAGUAUACCCAUGAAUAUCAAAACCCAAUAAUUUUACACACUUGAAAAAUAAAUUUUGACAAAUGAAGAUGGGUAAAUAUUUCCUGGGUUUUUUGUUGUUUUUUUUUUAAUGAAAAUAUUUUUUGUUGUUGUUAUGUUGCAAAAAGUAAAGAGUUGUGUAUUCUUAUGAGAUUAACAAUUUAUUUUUUUAAAGAGACAGUCAAAUCUGAUAUAGGCGUGAAAAACAGUUGCGAGAUUCGUCUUAGAUAAAGAAUUCUUUGUUUUACGAUUUUCUGAUAAUGUAUAAUUUUAAAAAAAUGCAAAAAUAUGUGUAAAUUUUUUUAUGAAGAUAUCAAUAUAUAUAAUAUAUAUCGAAUUCCUGUAAUACAAAUAUAUAUAUAUCAUAUAUACGGUAAUAAUAAUAAUAAUAAUAAUAAUUACUUUUGUUUUAAAUUUAAGAUUAGGUUUUUAAAAAAUUUUGAGAGAAAAAAGUUGUAAUUCAAGGGCACGAAAAGGGGUAAAUCAAAGUAUUUCUCUAGCGUAGUAAUUGUCACUCAAUUAAUUUCUUUAGAGACAAACAUGAUAUAAUUAGUGAUAAUUUAGACUGGGUAAUAUAAGGCCAUGUUUAUAGGGGGAAAAGUAGUUUAGGAGGGUGAAAAGGUUUAGGAUGCGCGCAUCAUAUAGGGCAGAUAAACACUUCACAAAACUUAAUGAUGUUAGAAACUUAAAUAUCAUUAGAUUUUAAAAGUUAGGAAUUGGGACGAAUUCUUGCAAUAGCAGUUAAAAAUUAUCGCAAAGGACCUAUCAUUAUUAUCCCGAUAACAUCGGAUCAUUUAUUCUAGUACUAUUUAAGAUUAACAUAUUAUUUAAAGGAUGGCACCAUCUUUAAAGGAAGCCACCAUCUUUAAAGGAUGCCACCAUCUUUAAAGGAAGCCGCCAUCUUUAAAGGAUGCCACCAUCUUUAAAGGAAGCCGCCAUCUUUAAAGGAUGCCACCAUCUUUAAAGGAUGCCGCCAUCUUUAAAGGAUGCCACCAUCUUUAAAGGAAGCCAACAUCUUACCCUGUUUAUUUAUUACACUGAACACGCGAGUGUUUUGGGUCAAGUAAAGUUAUUAUUUGAGAUACCCUGGUUAUUUACUGAUGGUUUUUUAAAAGUGUGUGGGGGCGGGGGUAGUCUCUGCAUUGUUUUUAUUUUCUUCUAAGUUUAAACUAGGUUUCUUUAUCAACUCCCAGAACCAUGUCUCCUUCUCCUCUUUCAUCCUUCCAGACCCACUUUUCUUUCUAUCUCAUCCUCCCAGUACCACCUUGCCUCUCGUCCUUCUAUCAUCAUUUCGCAAUUCUCCCCUAAGUCUCCAAGCACCACUACUAUGUAUUCCCUCACCCUCCCCCUUUUCCCAGCACCAAUGCUAUUUCUCUUCUCCUCCCCUCUGAGCUCAAUUUCUAAUUCUACUCUCUCAUCCUCCAAGUACCACUUCCCCACACUGAAAUAUGUAUCCCGUAUCCGAUCACAGAUAAAGAGCUAAAAGUUCCAGGGUAUGUUGCACGUUGUAUCUCGUAUAUCUUGACAUCUCAGCAUAAGCGUGUUCGUGUCUCGGUUGCAUGCAGGUUAACACAUUCGUCUUCCAAGUCGGGAUAUGUUGUGUUUUAUGCAUGGUGUGCUCUUUGUGGGGGGCGUGUUGUACUCUAUGUGGGGGGGGGGUGAUGUACUCUAUGUGGGGUUUUGUUGUGCUCAAUAGUGGGGCGUGUUGUGCUCAAUAAUGGGGCGUAUUGUGCUCUUUGUGGGCUGUGUUGUGUUCCAACUGGAGUAUGUAUUUUAUGCAUGGUGUGCUCUUUGUGGGGGGCGUGUUGUACUCUAUGUGGGGGGGGGUGAUGUACUCUAUGUGGGGUUUUGUUGUGCUCAAUAGUGGGGCGUGUUGUGCUCAAUAAUGGGGCGUAUUGUGCUCUUUGUGGGCUGUGUUGUGUUCCAACUGGAGUAUGUACGAUACACAGUGCGUUCUAAAUGUGGCGGGCUCUAUUUUAUUACGUUGAGCUCACAGGGGCGUGUUCUCUUUUGGGUGUGCUCAACAAGGGGUGUGUUCUAUAUCUACAUCAUAUAAAGGGAUGUGAUCUACGUCUUACAGAACAAAACAAACGCAAAUGAAUGACUUUCGUCAUGUCAUUUAGACAUCUCUGCAGCAUACCAUACAAUGCACUGCAGCAUACCAUACAAUGCACUGCAGCAUACCAUACAAUGCACUGCAGCAUACCAUACAAUGCACUGCAGCAUACCAUACAAUGCACUGCAGCAUACCAUACAAUGCACGCAGUAUUUUCAGACAUAACGUAAUAUAUCACUACAACGUUCUGAAAAUCUAACACAAAUCUCUAAUAACAAAUCAAAGCCUGGCUGCCUUCAUUGACUUUAGAUAAAUGCUAAUUAAAGUUUGUUGAAAUAGAAAUUUUUGUUUAGAAACAAUGACAAUAAAACUAUGCUUAACAGAAACGAAUCUGUUUAACAUUGUUAACACGUAGAAGUUAUUACCUCCCCACACAAUUCUUUUGGCGGCGAUAAAUACCUUCGCACCGCCCCACUCCCUCUCACAGCACUGCACGCACGCACAAAAAGGCAUGUGUUUUUUCUUAAGAGGAACUCUCAAUAAGAAAACCUAGCCCAGGAUUUAGCUAAGCUAAUGAUGAAACCCGACUUCGGAGUAAGUGGCUCUCAGUGGGGGGCGCCGGCAGCUUAGGGCGUCUUAAGUGUGAUAGAGCAAUCACGGGAGACGCCCUCUCGUCAUUCCAGAGCAUAAAAUGGAAUUAUGGCGGUUGCAGCUGGUAUGUGUAAGAUGGGUGUAAAUAAGUAUGUGCGUGUGAGUAUGUCAAUUGUCUAUCCCAUAACUUGUCUAUCUCAUUAGGCCAGUGUUUCCAAACUUUUUUUUUUUUGGGGCCAUGCCCCAACUAAGCCUUUCUAAAAUUCUUAUGCCCCCCCCCCCCACCAUUUAUCAUAUAUAUAAUUUUUAAUUUUCAAAAAUAGGAUUAUUCACUGAAUGGAGAACUGAAAUUCAUACGAAAUAAUUUUCAUGAAAGAUUUUUCUAUAUUAUUUUAAUUAUUAAUAAUUGUUUAUUACUUAAAUUUAGCGAGAUGUUUGUGCUUGAUGCUUGCUGCAAAGAGAUUUUAUGUUAGCUUCCACUUUAGUAAGCCUCAGUCUCAAGUCUCCUUGUUGUGUUAUGUCCAGCAGAUUUCUUUUUUGUAUGUGUGUGUGUAUUUUAAAUAUCAGACAAAUCCACUGAAAUUAUCUGCAUCAUACACGUUGGAAAAUCAAUUUGUUUCAAAUAAAAAAAUAUUAUUUUCUUUUAAAUCACCCGAUAGAAUUUUUAGAUGAUCGACGAUAACAAGUAUAUAGCGCAGUGGUUCUUAACCUGGAUUCGAUUGAACCCCAAGGGUUCGGUGAGUCAGUCUCAGAGGUUCGGCGGAGGUCCAAAAAAAAAAAAGAAAAAAAAUCAUUUCUUAUUUUUCUUAUUAAGAAGGGUUCGGUUAAAUGCGCAUGUGAAACUGGUGGGGUACCUCCAACAAGGUUAAGAACCACUUAUAUGGCGUUAUCAGUCACUUAGUCACUACACAUUUUUGGAGCCAAUGAAACUUUUCAAAAUAUUUGUUCUAAAAUUUUUCUGACAUAAUUUAAUAAAGGUAAUGAAACCAAAUAUCGUCCUUUUGCAUCGAGAAGAGUUUUAUUUGUUCCCUCAAGUUGGUUAUAUAAUAUAUUUAGUUUUUUUUAAAGAUAUCAGCUAAAUAACUCACAAAUGCUUUACCAUCGACCGUGAACAGAUACUUCAUAUCAGGUUGGUCACUUUAAAAAAUCACAAGAGUAUCAAUCUUUUCAAGCUAUUCCCCCUCGGCAGCCAUCUCAUUUCAGUGUGAGGGAAAUGUCUCCCAUAGUCUGCGUUUUGUUCUUCACAAAAUAGCUUGAAGAGACGUUCACAUUUGGCAUUAGCUUUAUUAGCAUUGCUACACUUUGUAACUGAAUUCAGUCAUUCUUUAGAACAGGGGAAAUGUUUUUAGCUACCAAGUUUUCCCUAUGAAUAAAACAAUGCACAAGUGGUAUGUCUGGAUUCUCAUCUGUCAUCAAUUUUAAGCAGGCAUUUUUCUUGCCCAUCAUAUUAGGAGCCCCAUCUGCAGCACAAGAUGUUAUAUUUUUCAUUGGUAUAUUAUUGAAAUCUAAUUAAUUUUUAGCUUAUUAUAUAUAUCUUUGGCGGUAGUGGUGCUUUCUAAUGAUUUAUAGAACAAAUCAGCAAAUAUCCUUUAUUUAAUAUAUCUUACGUAACUUAUCAUCCCAUCAUACAGCCUCACUGUCUCUCAAAGUUGAUUCAUCCGUUUGCAGUGAAAAUUUUAUUGUUAUCAGCUUUUCAACAAGUUGUAUUUCAAUAUCUUCACUCAUUUCAUUUCUUCUUCAGUAUUGCUACUGAGUGGCAUAGCUUUCACGUCUUUGUCAUCUUUUUCCAGAACCGUUAUAAGAAAUGCUGAUAUUUAUGGCUUGAUUAAAUUCUCUCCUAUAUUAUUAUUUUUCCCAAGAUUUAGCAACGAGUAGGGAAAUGUCAUAACUCGCCUCAAGAGUACGAUAGACAGUUGCAGUAUGAGAAGUAAAUAGAGAAUUUAAUGUUGUUGUUUUUUCUUUCAAAAUACGGUACCCGCUAAAUCAUAGUAGACGGUUGGUUUUCAAAUUCUAGACAGCUCAUUUUCAAAUUGCCCCCCUAAACAAUCAAAUUGUCGUCCCUCCCCACCCCCCCACCCUGUUGGGCGUGGGCCCCUCGUUGGGAAACACCGCAUUAGGCAAUCCCUCAAAAGUUGUUGAAUGAGGCUGAGUAGCUCAAGUUUACGUUUAACAGUUCAUUUUUUUGUGUCUCGGGCUGUAAUAAAAGAAUGAGUACAGUAACUAAGUUUUUCUUUCAAUGGGGCUAUUUUUACCACUUUGUUGAAUACCUCAGUCCAGGUGUGUUUUUUUUUCACCAGGGCGUGCCGGGGUGGGGGGUGGGGAGUGAUCAAGGUUGCGGGGAGAGCCCGGAAUUUUAUUUUUAUUUAUUGUAUUAGAACAAUUGUUUAAUUUGUAAGGAGGGGGAAGUGUUUUGAAAUUGAAAUAGAAACCAGAACAGAGAGUAGGAGAGAGAAAGAGAGAGAGAGAGAGAGAGAGAGAGAGAGAGAGAUAGACAGAGAGAGAGAGAGAGUGUGAGAGAGAGAGAGAGAUAGACAGAGAGAGAGAGAGAGAGAGAAUAGCAGUGUGAGCGAGAGAGAGAGAGAGAGAGUUGAAGAGAGAGUGAGUAUGAGAGAGAGAGAGAUAUAGAGUGAGGGAGAGAGAGAGAGAGGGGGAAGUGUUUUGAAAAAGAAAGAGAAAACAGAAGAGAGAGUAGGAGAGAGAAAGAGAGAGAGAGAGAGAGAGAGAGAGAGAGAGAUAGACAGAGAGAGAGAGAGAGUGUGAGAGAGAGAGAGAGAUAGACAGAGAGAGAGAGAGAGAGAGAAUAGCAGUGUGAGCGAGAGUGAGAGAGAGAGAGUUGAAGAGAAAGUGAGUAUGAGAGAAAGAGAGAUAUAGAGUGACGGAGUGAGAUAGAGUGAAAGAAUGAGAGAGAGAGAGAGAGAGAGAGUGCAUAAAAAGUAAGAGAGAUUAAGAAAGUAAGAGAGAGGGAAUGAGAGAGUGAAAGAAGGAGAUGAUAGAGAGUGACAGAGAGAGUGAGAGAGUAAGAGGGAUUGAGAGAGAAUGCGUGAGAGGAAGAAAGAGAAUGAGAGAGUGGGAGAUUUAGAGGGAGAGAGAAUAAGAAAGAGAGAGUGAGAGUGAAAGAGAAAGAGAGAGAAUGAGGGAGAUAGACAGAGAGUGAGAGUAGGAGAGAGUGAGAGAGAGAGUAAGAGCUUGAAAUGGAGAGAGAGAAAGAAAGAGAUAGAAUGACAGAAUGUGAGUCAGAGAGAGUGAGAGAGAUUAAGGAAGAGUGAGUAAAAAAGAGAUAGUUAGAGAGUGAGAGUGAAAGAGGGAGGAUGAAAGAUAGUGAGAGAGUACCUGAGAGAGUGAGAGUGAAAGAGAGGAAGUGACAUAGUAAGAGAGUCAGAGAGUGAGAGAGUGUGAGAUUUAGGGAGAGAGAGAAAGAGUUAGAAAGACAGAGAGUGAGAUAGUACGAGUGAGAGAUUAAUAAUGAGAGAGAGUGAGAUAGUACGAGUGAGAGAUUAAUAAUGAGAGAGAGUGAGAUAGUACGAGUGAGAGAUUAAUAAUGAGAGAGAGUGAGAUAGUACGAGUGAGAGAUUAAUAAUGAGAGAGAGUGAGAUAGUACGAGUGAGAGAUUAAUAAUGAGAGAGAGUGAGAUAGUACGAGUGAGAGAUUAAUAAUGAGAGAGAGUGAGAUAGUACGAGUGAGAGAUUAAUAAUGAGAGAGAGUGAGAUAGUACGAGUGAGAGAUUAAUAAUGAGAGAGAGUGAGAUAGUACGAGUGAGAGAUUAAUAAUGAGAGAGAGUGAGAUAGUACGAGUGAGAGAUUAAUAAUGAGAGAGAGUGAGAGAGAGAAACUGAAAAAGAGAGAGUGAGAGAGAGGGAGAGAAUGAGUGAAAGAGAGGGAGUGAGAGUUAUGGAGUAAGAUAGUGAGAGUUAGAGAGUGAGAUAUUUAGAGAGAGGAAGGGUAAGAGAGAGUGAGAGAGAGUACCUGAGAAAGUGAGAGAAAAAGAGAGAGUGCGAUAGAGUACCUAAGAAAUUGAGAGAGACAGUAAGAGAGAGAGAGAGAGAAAGAGAGAGUGAAAGAGAAAGUGACAUAGUGAGAGAGAUUUAUAGAGAGAGGAUGGGAGAGAGUGAGAGAGAGAGUAAAGAGAGAGUGAGAGAAUAGUGAAAGAGAGGGAAUGGGAGUUAGGGAGUGAGAGCUAGAGAGUGAUAUUUAGAGAGUUAGAAAGUGAUAAAAAGAAUGAGAUUGAAAAAGAGAGAGACAGAGUACCUAAGAGUGUGACAGAGAGGAAGAAACACAGUGAGAGAAUCAGAGAGUGAGAAAGUCAGAGAGUGAGAGAUUGAGUGAGAGAGAAUUAGAGAGAGAGUGGAGAGAGUACCUGAGAAAGCGAGAGAGAAAGAGAGGGUGAGAGAGAGAGUGACAGUGAGAGAGUGAGAGAGUGAGUGAGCGAUUAAGAGAGAGAGAGAGAGAGAGAGAGUGAGAGAUUAAGAGUGAGAGAGUGACAGUGAGAGAAUGAGAGAGUGAGUGAGAGGGAGAGAGUUAGUGAGUGAGAGAGUGAGAGAGAGUGAAAGUGAAAGAGGGAGAAUGAUAGAGAAAGAGAGUAACUGAGAGAGUGAGGGAGACAGAUGUGAGAGAGUACCAGUGAGAGGGAGGGAGAGAGAGUACAUGAGAGAGUGAGAGAGAGGAAGUGACAUAGUGAGAGAGCGUGUGAGAGAGUAAGUGAGAGAGUGAGAUUGAGGAAAAGUGAGAGAGAGAGUGCGAGAGACGAAGUGAAUAGUGAGAGAGUCUGUGAGAGAGAGAUUGAGGGAGAGUUAGAGAGAGAAAGAGUGAGAGAUUAAGAGUUUGAGAGUGUGAGAUAUAGGGCUUGAAAGAUAACAGAGAGUGGGUAAAAGUGAGAGAGCGAGUAAGAUAGUGAAAUCGAGAGUGAGAGAGAGAGUGAAAGAGAGUGAGAGAGAGUGAGUUAAAGGGAUAGACAGUGAAGGUGAGAGAGAGAGAGAGUAAGCGAUAGAGAGAGUGAGAGCGGAAGUGAGAUAGUGAGAGAGAGAGAGUGAGGGAGAGAAAGAGAGAGAGAGAAGUGGAAAGAGAUGGACAAAAAAAUAGCUCAGAAGAGAAAGAAAGGCGUUGAAUAUAAAUGAUCUAUGCACCACUGGGGAUCCAUGUAGAGAAAACACUUACGUCACCCUAGAUAGCCCCUUAAGUCACUCUCUAUAAUGUAUGAUCUAUGAUGUCAAAAAUAGUUUUGUAUCUUGUGCAAGAUAAACCAAAAUACAUUUACCAGUUAUCCACAUCGGUGCCUGACUGAGGGCUCUUUUUAUUGAGAUUGCUGGACGUUUUCAUUGGAGUUGGUCGUUAAAGAUAAGAUCAUAAAGGGAAUUCGUUGACGAUAAUUAACACUGGAGGGGUGGACUCGGGAAUGCAUCUUUUUUUGUGUGUGUAAAGAAUGCUUUAACCUUUAAGUUUUCUAAUGUUCACUGUAAGUUCUUAGCGCCUCUGUACUGCCCCGCAUGUGGCAAGUGUUCAUUCUCUUGUACAGAAAAUGUGUUCUUAGAGAUAGGAACUAUAAAACAAUGCAGCUAAAUCCUGUAUGCUAGAAAAGACUGACUCCACUUGGCUCAAUGUACGUUCAAGGCAUUUGCUGAUUGUGCUUUUUUGGUACGAUAGAUUUACUAAUAGACGAUUUUUUCACCAGUGUCGUAGGGUGGGGGCGGUAGGGUGGGGGCGGUAGGGUGGAAUAGGCCGCACACACCGAUAUCUCCAAACACAAGUAUAUCACACACUGANGGGUGGGGGCGGUUGGAUGGGGGCGGUAGGGUGGGGGCGGUAGGGUGGGGGCGGUUGGAUGGGGGCGGAAAUUGUUCUGUAAAAAGGGACACCCCAUCUCUCUGUCAACCCAAGAUGCCAACUGCAUGUGGUUGUUUUUUUGAGGAUGGUGGUAGCAAAACUCAUGCCCGGGAUGGAUGUAGCCUUAGCUACGCCACUGGGGUAUGGAUGUAGCCUUAGCUACGCCACUGGGGUAUGGAUGUAGCCUUAGCUACGCCACUGGGGUAGGGAUGUAGCCUUAGCUACGCCACUGGGGUAUGGAUGUAGCCUUAGCUACGCCACUGGGGUAGACCAUACCAAACGACACUGAAUCAUAUGACUGAGUGAAGGAAAUACCUAAUAAAUGAAUUCCUAAUUAAUGAAUACAUUGAAUGCCUAACAAAUGAAUGCCUAAUUAAUGAAUUCCUAAUGAAUAGAUGCCUGAUAAAUGAAAGCCUAGUGAAUGAAUGCCUGUGUAAUUUACUUUAACAAUGUUUCCAGAUUUUUAAAAUUAGCUCUCCGAAAAAAUCCAUGGGGGAAAACGGGUGGACGUACCAGGUUCUCCUAUCAACUUCAUCCCCCAUACCUAUAGGUGCCCCACCCCCUUGAUCAUAUCUAUAAAUAGAUUAGACCCUGACACGACCCGUACACAAGGUGUACACCAGAAGAAACACAGCCGAACGCGUCGGCGUACUCACGGAUUCGCGUGCACCUACAACACAUCAAAGACUGGCCCCGUGUUGCACGAGCUGAGAACGAGUGCUGCGAGUUGUCCCACGGGAGCCAGGGGGAGACAAAGCAAGUGUUUGCUCACAGGAAAUACUGGUCCGUUACGUUGCCAUGGAUCACGCUGAGGUGAAACAACUACACGACCAGGGGUGAAGACUCACACCAAAUUCAGGUUAACGUGUGACAUUCUGUGGUACAUGAUACAUGACUCUCCCUGCUUCCAGUUGCUGUGCAAUAACAAUGUAUUCCUGUUGUAUUCCAGAUUACACGCUAAAUCAUCAGGGCGAUUAAUUUUAAUUUUUUUAAAACAUCAAUUCAACAGCGAAGGGAAAGCGUCAAUUCAAGGUCUUAGAAUUUCGAAGUAAAAUCAAAUUACUGUCGUAAAUUUUCAUGGCAAAAUGUUAUACGAAAUAGUGUUUAGCGCAGAAUUGAAACCUAAAAAAAAAAUAUUUAAUUUUUUUUGUUUUAAAGUUGUCAUUGCACGCUUUUAUUUAGCUUGCGAUUUUGACUGUUUGACUGGGUCAAAUCUUGUAACUCAAUGUCCGAGCUGUUUCCUUCAUCCGAUGGACUUGAAUUCAAUGUUUUUUAAUACCGGUGAUGGCACAACCCUAAAUGAUCAUCGGGUCACCAGGGAUCUCCAAUGACCCUACGGUGGACUCUGCCGGUCAAAUCUUGCAUCUCUAUGUUGACCCACUUCCUGAUCACCAAUUGAAAUGAAACUAUGUACACUUAUCCAACGACAAUUUAACUAGACCAUCGUUUCUCAACCAUUUGCGGUCGAACGUCCCUUACACAGGGGUCGCCUAAGACCAUCGGAAAACACAUAUUAAUGAAGCAUCAGCCAAAAUAAUUUUAUGGUUGGGGUCGUUAAAAACAUGGGAAACUGCAUUAAAGGGUUGUGGCAUUAGGAAGGUUGAGAACUACUGAACCAGACGAUAUGUGACGAUAAAUAAAUGAUAAUAAAGACUGAAACGCACAAAAUAAAACAUUAUAAAAAUUCUUUUAUAUCAAAAAAUGCUUUUUCGAAACAUGUCCUAAAAAGUUGCCGGGCCGCUAAUCGCAAAGCCAUGCACGCAGCGGUACCGCAAUUUUUUUAAAAUUCCAUUAACUGGCAGCAAUGCAAACGUAUACAUGUGUGCCACAUUGUAUUCAUCAAGUCAUAUGACAUCAUUGUAGUUCAUGGGAGUCCCAAGCUUUUUGUUGUUUAUGUUUGUUUUGUUUUGUUGUUUUGUUGUUGUUGGUGUUUUUUUUUUUUGGGGGGGGGGGCCUUUUUUUUAUACCAUUCAGUACAUUUUUUUGAAAAAAAAGCGUGUUUUUUUUAAAAGUAAUUUUUUUUGUUUUUUUGUUUAAUUUUAAAAAUUUUUUUUUUUUUUUUUUUUUUUGUUUUUUUGUUUUUUUUUUGUUGGUGUUUUUUUUUUUUGGGGGGGGGGGCAUUUAUUUUAUACCAUUCAGUACAUUUUUUUGAAAAAAAAGCGUGUUUUUUUAAAAAGUAAUUUUUGUUGUUAUUUUGUUUAAUUUCAAAACAGGGGUUAUAAGUCGAUGGCGCGAAAUCCCUCUUUGGGGAUAAUAUAAGUCAGCUCUUGUAAGGAGUUACAGUUAAGCUUAACUGAAUGGGGAGGGCGUACCCUUCAGUGUAAACAUUUGGGUUCGUGAGCAAAAACAACGGCCCAAUAUUCACGGCGGAGAUUGACUCUGGACAAACAUGUCAUUUCCAAAUUCUUCUCAUUCUGCCCCUAUUAUUUUCACUAUAUAUGUCUUAACAGUCAUUCUCCACAUUCUUCUCAUUCUGCCCCUAUUAUUUUCACUAUAUAUGUCUUAACAGUCAUUCCCCAAAUUCAUUUGUUUCCUUGGCGUUUCUCUUAAGGCUUUGUCUUAAUUUUUUCAAUGUUGUCUACAUCAGUAACGAUUUAUUUUUUUAUCAUCUCGUUCAGGAGCUGACAGUGACCCAGAGAUAAUCUCCAAAGAUGGUGCCCAGAAAAACUGGCCAGGCACUCGUACUGCUGUCUCUCGUGACGGGGCUGUGCCUGCUCUUGACCAACUGGACCGACCCACGCCUGGUCUACCAGCAGAUCAGGCUCAACCCAUUCGGCCAGGCGGCCCACCUGACUGACGCAGCUUUUCAGUUCUCUCCGAAACGGGGCUUCUUACUGGACACGCCCCACUGCAAGAUUCCGGACAUUGACCCUUUCGACCCCGUGGUCAUGCAAAACAUCCGUCGUCACGGAGAGAUCCCUUGCACAACGAAACUGUCGCUGACGUACACCCACGGGUCGGUGCUCAAGUUAAACAGAACCAAGAUCGAACAAGACCUCGGGGGCGACUUCAAGUACUGUCAGUACCAGCCGGUCAGGAGGCCGAAAAAAUACGACUUCGAGUUCGCCUACGACGAUUUCAGCCCCAAAUUCGACCACGACAUCCUGAUACCCCCGGAGCACGAGUUUCUGAGGGUCUACUGUUUCAGCCAAAGCGAGGGCAAGCUGUCCACAAACUUUCACGCGACGGUCGCCCCGAAAGACGGCGUCGAGCAGCGGUGCAACUACAGGUUCGAGCAGCACAAGAAGAAGCACCACCCCAAGGAAACGUACAACGUCCACAUGGUGGGCGUGGACUCAGUGUCCAGAUUGAACUUUAUUCGGCAGAUGCCCCAGACGAGGGAGUUUCUGCAAAGGGAGCUGAAGGCGUUCGAGAUGGCCGGGUACAAUAAGGUGGCGGACAACACAUUCGUCAACAUUGUACCUAUGAUGAUGGGUAAAUUCGUGCACGAGAUCGGCUGGAACGAGACGAUGCUCCGGCAUCCCUUCGACGAAUACCCGUUCUUCUGGAAGAAUUUUUCCAACGCAGGGUAUCGGACUCUGUACGCCGAGGACGCGCCGAAGAUCGCCAUUUUUGUUUACGAUAAAGAAGGGUUCCACGAGCCGCCGGCCGAUUACUACAACAGGCCGCUGUCCCUGGCGAUGGAGAGGGAGAGGAGUGCGUGGACCAAGAACCACCACUGCAUCGUGGAUCGUCUGGAGACCACCAUGCUGCUGAACUACGUCACGGACUUCUCCCGCGUCUUCCGGAAGAAGCCCCAUUUCGGGUUUACGUUCAUCACGAGGCUCACCCACGACAGCCUCAACUUGGCCGGGUCCGCAGACUACGCUUACGUCAAUUUUCUGAAACAGUUCAAGGAGGAGGGCCAUUUCAACAACACAGUCCUUAUUUUUUAUAGCGACCACGGCUACCGUUUCGGCGACAUGCGCACGUCGUAUGUCGGCAAAGUGGAAGAACGCUUACCGUUUAUGUAUUUGGUCUUCCCGCGGAGUUUUCACGACAAGUAUCCGGAGCUGGUUGAAAACCUACGAACGAACGAGCUAAGACUCACGACGCCGUUCGACGUAUACGAAACCUUAAAGGAUAUCUUGUAUUUCGACGGCGCCAACCGGAAGGCCGAUGUCGGCGACCGUGGGAUCAGCUGGCUCCGGGAAAUCCCGAAAGAAAGAACCUGCGGCCACGCCGGGAUUUUACCCCACUGGUGUCUGUGCCUGGAGCAGAAGAGAAUCGACGUCGCCAGCAAACUGGCCUUCAAGAUCGGCAGGGCGGUGGUGCGCCAAAUCAACGACAUGCUUCGUCCGAUGUCUCACGUCUGCGCCUAUCUGAAACUCGGCGUCAUCAACGACGUGGUCCAGAUGGAGUCAAACGAGCGGGUCCUUCGCUUCACCGACAGCUUCCACGAUGUCAUCAACCAAACGGUGGUCUACGGUGACAGAUCUGAGGCACCCAUUGUUUACCAGGUCAUCUUGACGACCGUCCCGGGGGACGCCAUGUUUGAGGCGACCUUGACUUACGAUUAUGCUUUCGACGCGUUCAGACUUGGCGGCGACGUCAGCCGCAUUAAUGCGUAUCAGGACCAAUCGGAGUGUGUGGAAAAUUUCAUGUUAAAAAAAAUGUGUUAUUGUGUGAAAUGAAAUGAAUGAAUUAUUGUGCACGAUUGAUAAAUAGUAAAUGUCAGUGGUGCAAAGGGGUUAAUGUUGGGUCCUUGCAGGUGGACAUUGGAUUAAGUUUGGUAGUAUCAACAAGAUUAUCACGACUUUCCAAAUCGCAAACAUUGGCGGUGCACACCACCACAUGGGGUCUCAAACCACCAGCAUAUAUGAUUUUAAAACCCAUUUGAAAAACUGUUUGAGAAAUGCUGAAAUAAUAACACAGUGCAGCAAAAUACUUACUGACUCCAUACCAAAGUGGUGACAAAGGGCUUUGACCUCGUUUUGUCUUGUUUGAGCUGUUUCUUGUUGGCCAAGUGCAGUCAAAUUCACAGGAAAAAAACAAAGGGCGGUAACUGCUUUGAGAAGGGUUAACCGGAAAUUUUAGCCACACUCAUUGCUCUGUGUGAAAGCCAAAAUGUUUGAGAGAGAACAAAAAAAAUCCCAGGGGAUUAUAUUAUAAUGUUUUUGGUGAAGGCUUUAGCAUUUAAAGAAUUACUUUGAAAAAUUAAUUGUGGAGUAGAUAUUUUGAGGACUUGGUCUAACUAGACGGGAUUGUCAAAGUAACUCUGAAAAUAAUCACCCACUAUUGAUUAACAAUUGUUUAUCGUCAAAACUUAAUGUAUUGACAAAUAUCCAUUUGCCCUACUUAUGUGUACUACACCUUCAUGCUAAGUUGCAGUCUUUGUUGAAAUGCCGGAAGCACUGUUAUAUUUCUGUCUGGCUUGUCUUGUCAGAUGUGUCGACAGCGAUGACAUGACUUAAAUAUUCCUGGUCUGGAGUUCAAACCCAAUGAUUGCCAGACAAGAAAUCAACACAAGAGCAAGCACUUCAGAGUAGAUGGGACCCCUCAACCUCAGAUGGUGGUUCAACUUAAUGAAGGAAAUCGGUACAACAAUCUUCCACCGCCUUGCAACACUGAUUAGAACUUGAACUCAUUGAUGUACAGACAACUCCCGCGACAAGGUGCAAAACUGUAUUGAAACUAACUGGAGAGAUUUUUAGCGUUAUUAAACCUUAGCCAUUUUGAGAUAGAUGGAUGCAAAAGAAUAAUAUUAAAUCACUGCUCCAUCCACUUGGCAAUGAAAAUGAUAUUCAAAACAUUGUUUUAUGUUUUAGGAAUGUGUUGUGAAUCAACGACAAACGCACGACUUUACUCCCACGUUGCUGCGCCUUAUGGUAACAACUCUUCAUCUGAUUCUACUCCUUAGGCAAACCAUGGUAGGGACGGCAAAGCUGCUUAAUCCGUUGCAACUACAUCUAAUGCUGUUCAGUUAUUUCAUGUGCUGUUCAGCAGUACCGCCAUGACUCCAUUGAUUGAUGUUCUGUUUUAAAAGUUGUGAGCAAAACUUUUCUAUAAAAAAUCAUUUUAAAUAGAAAAAGUUCACAUAUUGCAAAGAAUAUUCUUGUAUUAAAAAAAAAAAAACAACAACUGAUUUUUGUGAUUUUUAAAAAAAACAAACUACAAUAAAUAAACCAAAGACUACGUAGCUAUGUAUCUGAAUUGUAACAUGUUGUGUUCUUCUGUUACAAUAGUUUGAGGAAGGCCGCUCAGGUGCAUUCAACCAUGGUAAUGGCCCAUUCAACUACGUAACAAAUGUGAUUAUUGGAAUUAUAAUAUACCCAAUGUAAACAUGAGUUGUUGUUUUUUUUUUUACAUUUUAUAGAGUCGUGAUGUACAAGUGAAAACGUACAUUGAUGUACAAGUCAGAACGUACCUUGAUGUACAAGUGAAAACGUACCUUUAUGUACAAGUAAAAACGUAACUUUAUGUACAAGUAAAAACGUACCUUGUUGUACAAGUCAAAACAUACCUUGAUGUACACAUGAAAACGUACCUUGAUGUACAAAGGAAAACGUACCUUGAUGUACAAAGGAAAACGUACCUUGGUGUACAAAGGGAAAUGUCUCUUGAUGUACAAGGUAAAAAGUACCUUGGUGUACAAAGGGAAAUGUCUCUUGAUGUACAAGGUAAAAAGUACCUUGAUGUACAAGUGAAAACGUACCUAGAUGUACAAAGGACAACUUACCUUGAUGUACAAAGGAAAACGUACCAUGAUGUACAAAGGAAAACGUACCAUGAUGUACAAAGGAAAACGUACCAUGAUGUACAAAGGAAAACGUACAUUGAUGUACAAGUGAAAACGUACAUUGAUGUACAAGUGAAAACGUACCUUGAUGUACAAAGGAAAACGUACCAUGAUGUACAAGUGAAAACGUACCUUGAUGUACAAAGGAAAACGUACCAUGAUGUACAAAGGAAAACGUACCAUGAUGUACAAAGGAAAACGUACCAUGAUGUACAAAGGAAAAGGUACCAUGAUGUACAAAGGAAAACGUACCUUGAUGUACAAGUGAAAACGUAACAUGAUGUACAAAGGAAAACGUACCAUGAUGUACAAGUGAAAACGUAACAUGAUGUACAAAGGAAAACGUACCAUGAUGUACAAAGGAAAACGUACCAUGAUGUACAAGUGAAAACGUACCUUGAUGUACAAAGGAAAACGUACCAUGAUGUACAAGUGAAAACGUAACAUGAUGUACAAAGGAAAACGUACCAUGAUGUACAAAGGAAAACGUACCAUGAUGUACAAAGGAAAA